GGCGGUAGCGCUCCUGURUGGCUGGUUCGCCAACCCCCAUAAAACACGAGAAGAAGAAGGACGCGGAACUUGAUUCUGAAGGUGAGACAUGCUGUCUGCCCUGAGGACAGGCUGCCGGCGGACCUGGAGGAGUCUCAGGAGACACUCGUCCUCGUCUCAAGGAUACCAGCAGGCCAACGUCGUGGUYCUGCCGCGCCGCCUGGCUGACGACUUCGAGGACUUCUGUCACAGUAACCCCGCCCCCCUUCCUCUGCUGUACCGCAGCCAAUCAGGAGAGACUUCCUGUGAGCCUCUGGCUAAACAUGCUGACAUCAGGACGGACAUCUCCGAGUUCUGCGUCUAUGAGGACGGCCGCCUGGUGAAGACCGUCUCCAGCCUGCAGAGCUACAGCGAUCUGGCCAGGUGGGUCAGAACCGGGCUAGCCCAUCUAGGGAGUCCUGCUGCUAACUGCUGGUUCUGUCUGUCUAGAACCGGGUCUCAGCUGGCGGACAUGGUGACCUUCUACCUGGGCUGCAGUUUUGGCUUCGAGGGCCGGCUGGAGGAGGCCGGGGUUCCGAUCCGGAACGUGGAGCAGGGCCGGAACGUCAGCAUGUUCCGGACCGCGGUGCCCUGCGUUCCCAAAGGGGAGUUCCGCUGCCCCCUGGUGGUCACCAUGCGCCCGGUGCCGGCCGGGCUGCUGGACGCGGCGGUGGAGGUGACCCAUCAGAACCCACGGGCUCAUGGCGCUCCGGUUCACGUCGGAGACCCAGCUCUGCUGGGCAUUCUGGACCUGACCCGACCGGACUACGGUGACCCGGUGGAGCUCCGACCCGGUGACGUUCCCGUCUUCUGGGCCUGUGGAGUGACGUCUAUAGAAGCCAUCCUCAGCAGCAAACCGCCUCUGGCGUUCAGCCACUCUCCWGGCUGCAUGUUCCUGACYGACAUCCCGGACGCUCCGUCAGCCGACACCGACCCACAGCUGGCCCCGCUCUGCUUCCUGGUUACCCACAAUCCCCUGCUCUACAGCCUGGUCUCCAAGGCCACGGCCGGGAAGAUCCGGCAGCUGGAGCGGAUCAUUGGGGACGACCCGGGUCAGCGUGGAAUCGCCGCUCUGUUUGUCCAGGAUGAACUCCUCCGCUGCUGCCUGGCGCUGUCCCACUCCUCCUCUGUUGCCAUAGUAACCGGUUUCCCCACACACCACCAACACAGUCCUCCGGAUGAGACGGACGGUCCGCCCGGAGCGAUUGCCAUGGCAACCAUGUUGCUGUCUCUGGGGAAACGGGUGACGCUGCUGACGGACCGCAGGGCGGCGGACAUGAACCGAGCUCUGGUGGACGAAGCGGUGAGGACAGGAGUCCUCAAAGCUGCCAUCCCAUUGGUCAUCUUCGAGGAUCGCGGCCCUGACUCUGCAAUGCACUUCCUGUGUCACCAUGGAGACCCCACCAAGCCCAGGUUCGACCACCUGGUGGCGAUAGAGCGCAGCGGCCGGGCUCAGGACGGCAACUAUUACAACAUGAGAGGAGUAAACAUCAAACACCUGGUGGAUCCGAUAGACGACCUGUUCCUCGCCGCUCAGAACAUUCCCGGAGUUAUGACCACAGGGAUCGGAGACGGAGGCAAUGAGUUGGGGAUGGGCAAGGUGAAGGAGAAGGUGAAGCAGCUGAUGCCCAAAGGAGACUUGGUGGCCUGCGACGUGGCUGCCGACUGCGCCGUGACUGCAGGCGUGUCUAACUGGGCUGGCUACGCCGUGGCCUGUGGGCUCUACCUGCUCCACACCUGUCCUGCUCACCAGCGCUACCUGAGGAGAGGACUGGGACUGCAGCCGGUGACCUCUGACCUGCAGCUGCAGGACUGGAGGAGGAACCUGCCGUCGGUCCAGAAGGAGGAGCUUUUCCUGGGAACGCUGGUGCGUUUUGGAAUACGAAGUGGGAAAACUGGGAACCUGGCCAUGGAGGUGGACGGCUUGACCUUUCACCCCACACACUCCCAGAUGAUCAGCCGGCUCCUGGAGAUCACGCUAGGUUCCCCGGGUCAGAACCGACCCGUCAGCCAUGAUUAGGUCCUUGCCAGAGCGGCAGCCGGUUGCUAUGGUUACCGCUCUGAGAGGCGACGACGGCUCAGGAUCGUUUAUUAUCAACCCUUUAAGAUUUAUCUGUAAUAAAGAUGUAAAUCAUGACUAAAUCAGUUCACCAGAACCGGGUCCAGAACUCUCCUUUCAGAGUUCUGGACCCGGUUCUGGGUCCGUCUAAAUUCAACAAUUUUCACUUUUCAGGAAAAUAAAUGAAGUUUUUCACCUGAAACCAUCAGGCCUCGUCUAAAGCAGCACAUUUUACACACAUGUAGAAAAAUGACAUAAAUAUUCUCACUUCUUCCCUGGAAUGAAAAUGUGCAGCAGCCACACAAACUAAUCUGAUCAGCAUCAAACCUGAAGAUUUUAAUAUUUUAUUGUUUAAACAAUGAAACUGAACAUUUAUCUUCACACAAUAACCUGAAAAAUAAAGAAAAUAAACUCCAUGAAGAUGAAACUCAUUUCAUUCUGACUGCAGAGAAAACAGCUGGUCAGCAGAUGGACCCACCAGGUUYGGUUCUGAUCAGGUCCAKCAGCAGCUGGUCCAGGUGAGCUGCUACCUGAGGAGCUCUGAUGGAGGAUUGAUCMCWGAUCAGAUGGAUCUGAUCAGCUUUAGAUUCAUCCAGACUGAUCAUCCUGCAGCUCUGAGCAGAACUUAAAUCAUCUUUAUUCUGUAAAUGUAACUUCUGCUCAUGAUUCCUCCUCUUAGAGCAGGUCUCAUUCUCGCGGCCCGCGGGCCGAUGUCUGGUGGCCCCACCGUGAUGUGACGGUAUAUUAAUGUGGCCACAGGGUGAGCGGACCUCUGAAGUCCCGCCCCCCGGUCCUCGUCAUGGCUGACAUUCGGUGCUAAGCUAAGCUACACUGACUUCAUGCACACUAUGUUUGUAACAAUAGAGCGGCGGAUGAUGGACCAGUCCGGUACCAGAU